UAUGAAGACUUUUAUAGGGUUGCUUGCCAGAAUGAAAAAUUUGAUGAUUGGAGCACGAUGUUGGUUCAGUUACGUAAAUUGUUUGCUGGAUAUUUAAAAGUUGUUUUAGAAUAUCACUCAAAACCUGGAAUUACCAUACCUGCUAGUACGAAUAGCACAGCUGCCCAAGGAAAUUUUUUAGAAGUUCUUAAUAUGUCUCUAAAUGUUUUUGAAAAACAUUAUCUCGAUCGCAGUUUCGAUAGAACAGGUCAAUUAAGCGUUGUUGUAACACCUGGUGUUGGCGUUUUUGAAGUUGAUCGAGAAUUAACUAACGUUACCAAACAGAGAAUUAUCGAUAAUGGUGUUGGAAGUGAUUUGGUUUGUGUUGGGGAACAACCUUUACAUGCGGUACCUCUGCUGAAGUUUCAUAAUAAAGAUACAAAUAUGAACGUACCUGAUGACUAUUCGAUGCCUCAUUGGAUCAACUUGUCCUUUUACUCUUCAAAUAAAAAAAUUGCUUAUUCAAAUUUUAUUCCUCGAAUAAAAUUUCCUCCGAUGCCGAGUAAACACACGAGAAUUAAGGAAUUACCAAAACAAAAACUCGUACCUGAAGAAGAGUAUUUGCACAAUUCAUUUUUUGAUUACGAUGCUUAUGACGCUCAAGUUUUUCAAUUACCAUCAGUACAUGGAAGCAACAAUCGACAGAGAUCAUCUGCAAGAUAUAAGAAAACGUCAGGAAGUCUUCUAGAUCCGCAAGAACAAACCCGAAUAAGAAGGAAACUUUCUGAUCCAGACAUCUAUCAUCCUUGCGAAUCUCCUAAAAAGUCACAAGCCGUUCCGAUUCCCUCCACUCCAAUUAGCCCGAUGAUAUCCCCGUUUUCGGGCACUAAUGAAGGUAUGAAAAAUCCUAUUUUUCAGUACAACAUAUANAAUGAGAUAACAAUAAUUCUAGGUGUUGAUUGGAAAUCACUGACAAUACCUGCGUGUCUUCCAAUAACGACGGACUACUUUCCAGACAAGAGAGCUCUUCAGGUCGAUUACGUCUUUUCACUUUACCACUUGUUACCCGAUGAUGUGAACGCUGAUUUUGCACAGCAGCGUACGAACUAUAAAAAGCCUUUAUCAACCGCCGAAGUUUUUCGAGAAUUGGUGUCACAAAGAUUGGCCCAGGGUUUUCAACUCAUUUUAUUGCCAAACAAAGACUAUUCAUUGUACCCCACUCAAACGUCGUCGAGUGCUAGCUUGCUAUCACGAAAAAGGGCAGAAACUGAACCAAUUGAAGUGUUCUAUCUUUCCAUAGGACGGAUUUUUCAUAAGAUUUCCUUAAGCGGAAAUGCAAUUACCGUUACAAGAUAUAGACCAAGGCAUCCAUAUCCUUCAUUUAACAUCCAUUAUAGAUACAGAUUUCAGGCGCCAUAUCAUGAAACAUAUGAAGUGUCCUGGGUAAGUUUUACUACCGAAAAAUUAGAGAACUACCAUUGGAACUAUUUGGACCACUACAUAUGCACUAGAGGGGAUACAGACUUCCUAUUAGUGGAGGCAUUAAAAUAUUGGAGAUUCCGAAUUUAUCUUUUGCCUUUAAAUAACUCCGCAACAAAAAGGAUAAUAGAAGGUGCACCACACUACGACAUAUACAGUCCCCUUACAGCAUCUGAUCAUACUCUGAAUGCGGAAGGUUUUUUAAAAUUUAUCGAAACGGCCGUCAACAAAAUAAAACGAGCGUGUACAGUAAAGAAACCAAGACAG